UCCUGGCACCUGGGGAUGUUAAUGCUGCAGGUCCGUGGGCCACUUUUUGAGUAGUAGCAAGAGUGAAGUAGGGUCAAAUCUGUUCGGUGAGAGACUCAUGGAGGGAGGUAGGAGAAAUGGGGAAAAGGACAGAGGCAGAGACAGUCCGGCCGAGGAAGUGAGGAUGUUAGGAAGAAGCCGAGGCUCCGGGCGCGAGCGAGGAUGCGCAGCCUAGGCUGGGAGGCGGCGGGUGCGGGCGGCUCCGCGGCUGCGCGGGCUGCAGGCUGGGGGCGGACGCGUGCUGGCGGCGACGCAGUCCCGGCCCGCGCCCGCGGCGCCCCCGCUGCGGCCCGAGCGGCCUGGCUGCGGGAUCGGUGCGCAGCGAUGGCGCGGUCGCGCCGGUCCUGGGCGCAGCUGCUGUUGCUCCUGCUGGCCGGGCCGGCCGCCUGUGCAGCCAGCCCGGCGGACGACGGCGCGGGCCCGGGGGGCCGGGGACCCCGGGGCCGUGCGCGGGGGGACUCGAGCGCCGACGAGGCGGUGCCGCGCCACGACUCCUCCUACGGUACCUUCGCCGGGGAGUUCUACGACCUGCGCUACCUGUCCGAGGAGGGUUACCCUUUCCCUACUGCUCCUCCUGUGGAUCCAUUUGCCAAAAUCAAAGUGGAUGACUGUGGAAAGACUAAGGGCUGCUUUAGAUACGGCAAACCGGGCUGUAACGCAGAAACCUGUGACUACUUCCUUAGCUACCGGAUGAUAGGGGCUGAUGUGGAAUUUGAGCUGAGUGCAGACACCGAUGGUUGGGUUGCAGUUGGAUUCUCUUCAGACAAGAAAAUGGGUGGUGACGAUGUCAUGGCCUGCGUCCACGACGACAAUGGCAGGGUCCGCAUACAACACUUCUAUAACGUAGGCCAGUGGGCGAAGGAGAUUCAGAGAAACCCUGCCAGAGAUGAAGAAGGAGUUUUUGAGAACAAUCGGGUCACCUGCAGAUUUAAACGGCCUGUAAAUGUUCCCAGAGAUGAAACGAUUGUCGAUCUGCAUUUGAGUUGGUAUUACCUGUUUGCUUGGGGUCCAGCCAUUCAGGGCUCUAUCACCCGACAUGAUAUAGACUCACCACCAACUUCAGAGCGCGUUGUCAGUAUUUACAAGUACGAGGACAUUUUCAUGCCAUCGGCUGCCUAUCAGACCUUCUCCUCUCCGUUCUGUCUGCUUCUAAUUGUUGCCCUGACCUUCUACUUAUUGAUGGGGACCCCUUAACCGCAGUGGCAGAGCGAACAGAGUCAAUGCAUUAGAGAGCCUUUAGUAUAUUUUUAAAAAAUAUUCAGUAUUGUUUUAGCGUCUAUUAUGUAAAAAAAUAAAAACAAGACACAUAGGAUUCAGCUUUUUGGAAAAAAGAGCAAGCUGCUUUUCUAACUGAAGUGUUGUUUAAUAAUGACCCAUACUUUUAGAAAGUACUUAAAACUUUUCUAAACACUCAUUUUCAAAUAUGUUUUCUUACUUGAGCUUUACAACAUGUCUGAGUUGGCUUGAUGAAAAUGAUUAUUGCCAUCAUUAUUAUACUGAUUGGAAUUUGAGACCCAAGAAGACACUCUUUUUAUGACUCUUGUGCCAUGUAGCCUUGGCUGCUCAGUCAGAUAACACAUAGUAAAGCAGAGAAAGCCAGGCUUAGAAACUAUGUCUCUAAACAACCUUCACUCUGCCAACUACGUUCAGGAGUUAUUUGGAGUAAUACUAAAGAGAACUUCGCUGGAUGGCCCAAGUUCACAGUCAGCCUUCUAGGCAGAAGAACUUUCAAAUUUCCACCGAGCAUGAAGGUCUUUAGAUAUUUACACAGCUCAUGAGGAGAAGGAUGGAGAUAACAGUGAUAUGAAAAUGGUUCAGACUUAUUUGAAAUGUCUUCUCAAUUAGUAAGUAGCUAAGAGGACACAUUUUUUAUUGCUGCUUGGAAAGGUUAAAAACAAAACUGUGAGUAUUCCUGAAGAUGUAAAAUUAUAUUAAUGAUAAGAAAUUGGGGCAUUCUUAGAAGUUAGAAUUUGGACUCUACUACCACUGUAUUUAAUAAAUUAAGGUAUUCAUUUGUGGUUACAGCUAAUUCUGUUGUCAGAAUCAACAUAUGUUGAGUACAAUUAAAUGUAUUAUAAUAGACAAAUCAUCUUAAAUAUUCAAGGCAUUUUAAUAAUAAAUUAACAUUUUUGGAGACUGUGGAAAUUUGGAGUAGAAACCUUUUAAAGAUGACAUUUUUAAAAUUAGAAAAUGCCCCAUCAAGUGAAUUUACUUAGAGUAUCCAUUCACAUGUUUAGACUUGUAAACUGGGUUAUCCGUCAGCAUAAUUUAUACUAAUGUCUUGACUUAAUGCACUUCCUUUUUUUCAAAGGAACCCAAACGUUGCUUUACUCCAGCUGUCUGAGUUAAUAGCCCAUUUAGAGGGAAAGAGUCUAUGGGUGUAUGCUGCUGAGGCAUUCCCAUUGUAGACUUCUGGAGUCUUCUGGCUCCCUGCCAUACCCCACCCCAAUUGCUUUAAAGCUGACUCCAACUUUGUGGGUUUUGUGAUUAAACAACACUGGAGACUGUGAUUUCUAAUGCCAUCCUUGGAAUCCAUGUCGGAGGUGAAAGGCCACUUCCCCUGUGGAAAAGGCUUUCACAUUCUUCUGGAACUGAACAAAAAUGAGGAAAGCAUCCCAAUUCUGUGACUUUGCACAAUUUACCACGUGCAUCCAAGGGAUGCAGGAGAAAUGAUCCUCAUUGCAGAUGGAGAGAGGUCAAGUGUCAUUGAGCAAUGGCUUCGAACUCAAGUCAUCUGACUCAAGUCCCAGGCUCCGCCCGACUGCAGUGGCCUCAUUACGAAGCCUGCCAGCCAUGGCUAAGGAGGGCCUGUAUGUCACCUUCUAAGGUGGUUGUGUAGUGGUUGUGCAGCAGUGAGGCUGAGUGUGCAACACCCACAUUGUAAAUAAGAAAGCAAAUAUUUUUAUAUUUCACCCUCUCAUGUAUAAUAUUUCCUCUAUAAAUAGGUUAAAACUGAAUCGAGACUCAAGCUAGUCUCUGUAGCAGGCAGGGAAAGAAUAAAUUAAGGGAUUUUCCUUCUGCUUACUUUCAAGUCGGGCUAAUUGUUUCAUGAACUGUUUUUCCUUGGAUUACCAGUUUUGCACAUUUGUGCUUUGAACUUUCAACGAUAUCUCAUUUCCAUUAGUGUAAAAUGAGAGCCACUUUGAUUACCUCCACUGUCCUCUUUCGUCACCACUCCUCACCUUGCUGUGUCCCAGCAAGACUCAAUUGCUCUCAGUUCUUCAGACCCGGUUUCUCACCUCUCUUGACAUUCCCUGUGUCCAGACAGUGUCCACUGCCUAGGCGUGCUGAACUCCUAUGCAUCUUUCAGGUCACAGCGUAACUGUUUCUUCCUCCGAUCCCCUGGAUUAAGUAGGUUCAGGCCCCUGCCAGACGCUCUCAUAGCACACUCGGCUUCACCAUCAUUUAACUUAUCACACUUUUCUGUAAUUGCUGUCUUGUCCUCCCUGCUAACUCCCUAAUGGAGGGACUAUAGCUUGUUACUCAUCAUUUUAACAGAUACUCCUACAUAGUAGGUACUCAGCAAACAUUUGUUGAAUGAAUGCAUAAAUGAAACUACUUCUGUGGCAAGUUUGGUUCACAAAGUCUGUAUUUCACAUACAUUGCCAGACUGGCCAACAUUUUUAUGUUCUACCUGUGGUCAUUCUCUUAGCAAACACUGAGCUUUUGCCUUUUGAAACAUAAAUAGAAAGAUCUUUCAUAACAAUGCUGUUUUGCCCUGUAAAACAGAGUUUGACAUUUUUGACAAUAAUUAUGGUUCAGAAAUGAGAAUUUAUAGACCAGGAAUGCAAAACUGAAUUUCACCAUCAUCUCAGAGAAUCAUCAGUUUAUGGACAUACUAAAGUGAAAAUUCUGUAGACUCAAAUUUCAUUAAUUCUUACCUACGAUAGGAGAAUCAACUUCUAUUUUAUCUCUGUAGUCCUUUUUCUAACAUUGUACUUGUUACAGGGGAGAUGCCCAACCAGUGUAUUUUUGUAAAUGCCCAGGUAGAAUAAUAAUGUUUGCUAAAUUUAUUUAGUGCUGUUCUAAGCACUUUACAUGGAUUAACUCAUUUAAUCCUCACAACAACCAGAGGAAGUAGAUUCUGUUAUUAGUCCAAUUUUACAGAUGAAAAAACUGAGGCUAGGCCUUUGGCAUGAAUUACCAGUGUUAGCUGCCAAGGUGGCGCUAGUGGUAAAGAACCUGCCAACCAGUGCUGAAGACGUGAGAAAGCCAGGUUCAGUCCCUGGGCUAAGGAAGAUGCCCUGGGGGAGGGCAUGGCAACCCACUCCAAUAUUCUUGCCUGGAGAAUCCCCAUGGACAGAGGAGCCUGGAGGGCUACAGUCCAUAAGGUAGCAAAGAGUCGUACACGACUGAAGCGACUGAGCAUGUACCAGUGUUGGCAAGGACUUGAGACACCAGUUUAUCCAAUACACUUACUUUAAAAAGGCACAUGCAUAUUCAUUAAAACUUUCAUUAAAUGGAACCCACUAUCCACACUCAAAUUAGCCAAGUGCUUUUUUUCCCCCUUAAGCAAUUUACAAUGAAUAGGAGGACUUUUUAUAGUUAGAUUUAGGGAAAGGGGUAUAUUUUACUUUCUUUUUCUUUUCUUAAAACAUUUUGAUUCAUUAUUUUGCCAUUUUAGUGCUUUUUAUGUUAUUUAAAAAUAAUACACAGAUUGGAAAAGAUUAGAAUGCAUUUAAUAGUGAUUUACCUAAAACCCAGGUCUUCCAGCUUAGAGCCUAGUGCCCUUUUCUUGCUUCAUUGUAGUCUCAAAGAUGAAUUUGCCAACAUGACUUCAGACAAAAUGCAGGAGCCAUAUUUAAUUAUAUUUUGUUGGCUUCUGUCCUUAAGGAAAUUGGACAAUUUGGACAACUCAGGGAUAGAUUACAUCCCACAGAGUUUUUUACUAAUGUCUCUGUAAUUAAGUUUACAGUCUAUAUUCAGGAUUUUGUGCUUAAGAGCUAUUACCACAGAAGUUGUCAUUCUUAGUUCUGGCCUGAGGGUCAGCAAAGUUUGUCUGUAAAGGUCCAGAUGAUAAAUAUUUUAGGCUUUACAGUCUCUCAGCUGUUCAGCUCUGUCACAGACAAUACAUAAACCCAUGAACAUGGCAGUGUUCCAGUAAAAGUUCACUGACACAAAUUCAAAUUUUAUAUAACGUUUACAUGUCACCCAUAUUUUUCUUUAGAUUAAAAAAAAUUUUUAAUGUAAGAACCAUUUUAGCUUGCAGGCCAUACAAAAAUAGGCAGCAGGCUGGCCUGUGGACUGCAGUUUUCCCGCUCGUGCUCUCAGCUAAAUGACCCAGGUAUCAUGGUCAAUUGCACAGGACACUGCCAGUAAUGUAAGUUGUUACUGGUUAACUGUAAAAAUAUCAAUGUUAGUGAGUAAUUUGUAAAAUAAAUUAGAAUUGAUGGAUUGUUAUCUUGAUAAUGGAUUCCCAUUAGAACCUGCAUUCUAAUAUAUUUUCCAGAGUUGAUGUGAAAGAGCGGAGAAGGCAAUGGCACCCCACUCCAGUAGGCUUGCCUGGAAAAUCCCAUGGACAGAGGAGCCGGGUGGGCUGCAGUCCAUGGGGUCGCUAGGAGUGGGACACGACUGAGCGACUUCACUUG